ACCUAUCUCUGCGACCGAGAGAUCUUUAUUCGAAUGGGACAGGCUUUCUGGUCCCGUGGCCCUGCGCUGUCUGCCCGGUUCACCGCAGUGGACUUCCCCUCCCUUCAGCCCCAAUACGCUUCCGGGGAUGACUUUGUGUCUUUGCUCCAAGCGCAGGUUGAGCUGACCACCCUCUUCGGUAACGCUCAUGACAUCCUGUUUGCUUCUAAGCAGAGGACUGCUGAACUCAUAGUGCGUGGUGACUAUACCAAGUACAUUGACGAUGCAAGUCGCGCCAUCGUUGCGUGGGAUCUGGUAUGGACCCGGUUGACAGCCCCCUCUCACCUCAAGUGCUGCUUGAGAAUGAUGGAGAAGUACCUCCGUCUCUACGUGAAUGCCUUUGCUUUUCAAGCUGUUCUGUACAGGGCAUCGUUAUCUGGCACAGAUGUAUCGAGGGUCUCGUGUUUCCCGCAUUCAGCCAUGGCGAGCCCGGAUGCACGAAUGGUUUACGAGGCAGUUGAUGCUGCGGAGGCACUGCUCAAGAUUGCAAUCGAGGACAUUGACCCUGAGAGACACUUGCGGUUCAUGCCAGCUCGGUUUUGCUUGUAUGAGAUACAUUCAGCCGUCUUCCUCUACAAGGCUCAUGCAGCCGGAGCAAUUUCGUUUGGGAAACACGCCCAGACUGCCAAUCUCAUGCGACGGUUUGUAGGCGUUUUAGAAACUGCAGCCACAAAUACCGACCACAUUGCGUCCAAGUAUGCAAAGCUGCUCAAUGGUUUGUGGUUUCAUAAGAGAGGAUCGAGAGGUGAUGCCACCAGAAAUCGGGUUUCUGAGGAAAGGGCACAAGCCGAUGAAGUUGGCAAUCUCGCCAUGGAUCAAGUCAAUGAUGAUGAACAUGAUGACGACACAAGCCAUCUCCCCUCCUUCGAUGAGAUUGGUCUCCAACCUUUGGACUAG